CAGCUUUGGAUUUCGGAAAAUUACCUCGAUGGCAAUACUUCCUGUGGAUUUCUGAGCAGAUGUUCAUCAUGCUGUCUACGGUUGUUUGCUUUGCUCUUGUCCGCUUUGGGGAUGCGGAUUUCGUUAUCAUUGGAGGAGGUUCGGCGUGCUCAAAAGGGCGUAGUGCGAAGACCUCGUCUACUUUGAUUAAGGCUAGAAGAAAUCCAUCUUCACAGGCAUCCUGAGACCGUUUUCAAGGGGAGAAAGGUCCUCGGAUGCGUCUCAAGAUGGAUUUCUCUUAGUUCUAAUUUGAACAUCGCUCUACUCAUCCUGC